AACUGUUAUUUGUAUUUAAGGGGAACGCAUCCACAAAAUGUACAUUUAAAAACUGAGUCUAACAGUUUAUCAGUACCUAUACAGGACAAACAUAACAGAAGAUUGUUCUGGUCGGUAGAUGAAAACGAUAACAGUAUGGAAGAUCGAAUUGAAGAAAGUUUUAAUAAAAGUAUACCGCUACACCAACCCGUAUGUCCAAUGUAUAUUAAUCAAAGUGAGUCGAUACGUUUAGAUAGCGAGUUGAGACGUUGGAUCGUUGGUGAAUCUGAUCGAGAUAAUCAGACUGCUCUGAGGAAAACAAAGUUGCAAUCAGAUUCGUUAAAUAUAUCGCUGUCGGGAACGCCGCUGGUGGAAAGAGCAAGAAGGAAGGUUUACUUAUCACGGGAUAGAAAAAUAAAAACUAUGCACAAAAUGAUCGAUAUGCCUACCGUUGAUCAAUAUCCAGAUAAUAAUGCGAUUGAAAUCUUUUCUCCGAUAUUGAGCGAACAUGCUUCUUUAUUUGAAGCUUUGGGAAGAAAAGACGAUACAUUUUACGUUGUCUGGUUUACCGGCGAACAUUUAUUAUUGCCAGCUUCCCGGAAAAAUAACACAGCUAGACCUAAAAUGUCUUUAGUUCUACCCGCUGUGUCUAUCAACGGUACGUUUUCAACGCCACCUAAUCGUAUAACAAUGAUGCAAAUCGAUUGUGAGGUAACCAAUACGCAACUGCUACAUUUACAACAGUCUAUCAUACCUGUUCAUUUGCGCAACAGUAAACCUACAAGUCAAUCAAAUCAAUCUCAUUCCGUUGAGGAUAUAGACGAUCCAUCCGCAGAUAAUAUCACUAGAAAUUACAAACCAUACUUUUUGAAAGAAGUAAAUCGAAAACAUCGAUACAGAAAACACCUUAUGCAAUGAUUAUAAAGAUAGAACUAAAUUUAUUAGAGAUUUUGAGCUUUGUCUUAAAAAUACUUGAACAUACUAUAAGUACGUUCCUAGUCCUCAUAUGGAAAAGUCGAGGAGUAUCAAUAAAAUGGCAUAAUAUAAGGAUAACAUACUUGUUUAUGGAAUAGUAUAUACAUUAUAUUGUAAUUAUUAUACUGUAGUUACACAAUAAUAUACAAUAUACUUCGAAAAU